AUGACGUCACUUGUGCCAGCGAUGAGAAGAUUCUCACUGUUGGAAACGGCUGAAACGAUCAUUUCUCUGCCGAAUGCAUCACUGCAAAAAGACUCGCGUCGACCCUCCGAACAGGACAUGGCCGACUCAGCACUGCUUUUCCUUGAGAGACGCCGAUCGUCCGAUCACGGAAUCGGCUCAAUCCAGCCGGAUCUCUAUCGCAGACGCGGGAGCAUCGUACGCCAUGAGGCAAACGGAAAACCAUCGGUGGCCAGGGUUCAGGUGCAAAUGACGUACGAUUUCUCGAAGAGCGAUUUCAUCGUCACUCUCUUAGAAGUGAGCCAUGUAAUCAAAUUGGACGAGUACUCGUUGGCGGUUUCCCUCUCGGACACGACGCUGAGAAGACAAUCGAGUAAAAUUGUGGCUGGAGCCCCGUUUCACAAAGAAACCUUCAAAUUCCCAGUCUCUUACGAGGAUCUUCUCGACAAGAGUCUCACCCUGCAACUGUUAGGAGCGACAAGAAUAGGCUCGGCCUCGUCGGUUCUCGGCAGCACAUCGAUCGAUUUGAGUUCGAUUGAUCCAAGUGAUGACGUGAUUCUCUGGUCCGAUAUCGAAUUGCACAACUCUGGUGAGAAUCUUGGCGAGCUUUUUGUCGGCAUUCAAUAUCUCCCCUCAGCCGAGCGUCUCACAAUCACCAUUCAUCAAGCCAAAGGUCUUCCCAGCAAAGAUGCAUUGCCAAACGCUGUCGCCAAAGUUUACCAUCUUUAUGACGGGAAAAUGGUGAAAAAGAGAAAAAGUGGAGUGCGUAAGAAUAGCGCAAAUCCGAUUUGGAAUGAAGCGUUGAACUUCAGCUGUACGAUGUCACAAUUGAUCAACUCACAAGUCGAGAUUCACAUCUUGGAUCACGACAGAAUCGGCAACCAUCGCCUAAUCGGACAGGUACUGUUUGGUGCAGGUGAUCGAAACGAUCGGAUGUGGAAGGAUUUGCUUGCUCAAAAAACCGUUAACCCACGUUGGAUCCCGUUACGUUUAUUG